AUGAGUGAAGCAGAUCCGGCGUUUAUAAAAGUUGUCCCAUGUGGCAACAUAAGUAAUUGGUCGAAGCUGGACGAAAAGGAGGUAUGGUAUGAGAAAGGUCAUUCGAAGAUCAGCCAAAUCUUCAUCACCUUUGAAGAAACUAUUACAUCAUUGCAGUUUCAAUAUGUUGAUGAUGAAGGGAAAAUGGUGCUGUCGAAGGUGCAUGGAUUCAACGGGAAUGGUGUUACUUCCAAUAACUUUGCUCUGGUAACAUUAAACCAUGAAAGGGAGUUCAUCACAGGACUGAGCGGCGGAGAAGACGAUUACGGAUAUGUGAACUCGAUAACAAUCCAUACCAAUGAAAACAAGUACGGGCCGUUUGGUUGGAGCUGUAGGAGUUCAGAUUAUCAGAGAAUCUGUGUGAAAAUUGCAAGAGUGAAGUUUUUCGUAGAAAACCACCUCAAAGGUCCCAACUUUAUAGCUGUUAGUGAGUGA